AUGGCAGCCGUGCAUCGAAUGCGUGCCUUCCUGGCACUGUCCGCCGUAGCGGCCAUGGGCGCCGUUCAGGCCGCCGAUGUCGCAGCGACCGAUCCCGUUGUUAUCGGUAAAUGGCAAACUUGGACUCCCAACGCUGGCGUUGUGCCGAUCCAUCUGCUUUACACUCCCGGAGACAAGGUUAGGAUCGAGCUCUUCCUUACGUGGAGCCGGGGCGAGUCAAGAUUUUACAUGGGAGAGCGUCUCCACAUCUACGACUCCGACCCAACAAUUUGGACCGCUGCGGAGCUUGCCACAAUCGGUGCGAGCCAGUGGUAUCACGGCAACCCCAAUCUCAAGGGCCUCCCGUUCUUCACGGAUGCCGCCGAAUGGGACGGUGUUGCGCAGAAGACGACGUUCAUCAACAGGAACUUCGUGAAGGACUACACGGGCCAGUUGCAUGGAUAUGCAUUCUGCUCCGGCCAUGCCCAGCUGGCCAACGGAUCUUAUCUGGUCGCUGGUGGAGAUCAGUUCUGGAACAAGAAUUGGGAUGGCUCGGCCGGGAACUAUACUUCUAACGGGCGUUCUGAUAUCAGGGUUUACAACCCGUCGACAGCCACCACAGAAGCGGAGCUUACCGUUGUUGCUUCCAUGUAUCGCCCGCCUGACAUGCAACCCGAUCAGGCUGGAGGGAACACAUACACGUAUUGGGGACGAUGGUACCCAUCCCUGCUCGCUCUUCCCACGGAGGAGAUCAUGAUCAUUGGUGGCCAGCACUACUUCUUCAAUGCCUCGGACCCGAAUGCGAAUGCUCCAUCUUCCGGCAAAGUCUGGAUGUUCGCGCACAGCGAGUCCGCGAUCGUCGAUCCAGCGACCGGCACAGAGACCCCGCACUUGGUCAUGGACCUUACAAAGGAGAAUGGACUGCAGCCCCUGUCCUUCCCGUUCGCCGGCACUAACUUUGUGCCGAUGUUGUCCUUCCGCGACAACUAUCGUAUGGAGACCUGGCUUUGCGGCGGUGUAAACGGAACAGCGCCGGACGGAACGCCCGUACCUCGCGAGUACGGCGGGAAAGAUGAAUGGUCAAACUGCCCCAACUGCGCCCCCACCAGCGUCUGCCACUGGUUCACGCUCGAGGACCAGGGCGCUACGCCCGCGGCUGUCAACCUCCCCGACGGCACGAUUCUCAUCGUGUCUGGCUCCGGACAGGGACACCAGGGGGGCGUGUUUGGACAGCCAAAGGCCAGUAAGGGCGUGAAGGAGCCUGUCAUUUUUAAUCCUUCCUACGCUAGAGGAAAUCCGAAGCGUUGGACCGUAGGUGCAGCUGCACCCACGGGUCGCCAUUACCACAACACGGCUCUGUUGCGUGAAGACGGAACUGUGGUCACUGGUGGUGGUGAUGCGCAGAACGGUGACGACUUUGCCAACGGACGACCCGACGACAUGUCGCUGGAUCUGUACUGGCCUCCAUAUAAGUUCAUCGCGAACCCUCCCAAGCUCGUUCUGCCUUUCCUCACCGCCAAGGCGACCUACGGGCAGCAGAUCGUCGUGCGCUUCACAGACGCAAUCGCCAAUACCAUCGUCUCCGUGAGCAUCAUUCGCUACGCAUCCAUGACCCACACCGUCAACCUCGACCAGCGCCACAUCGAGCUGGAGAUCUUGAAGUACGGCAAGGACAAGCUCCUCGUCCAGCUCCCCGCCUCGGCCAACAUCGCGCCACCCGGAAACUGGAUGGUGUGGGCUUCCGAUAACCGUGGCGCCGUCGUUGAGCAUUCUGGCCUCAUCAACAUCCGUGCCAGCAAUCCCAACACGCCACCUGUGUGGGAGGAUGCUGACACGAUCCCAACUCCCGCUGGAGUCCCGGUGCAGAACCGUGACUCUCGCCGCCCCAACGUUGGGAGCGGUGCGUUCAGGGCUUCCAUCCCGGAGGCUGCCGCUGCUACUGGGUUGGCGGCUUUUGUUGGUUUGCUGUUCUUGUAG